ACUACACCGCAACGAUGGCGGAGACAGAUGCUGCUGGCAAGCAGGCCACCGUCGAGGAUUGUACGGAUAUAGAUGAUGAGAAGGGUGACUCUAGCGCAUCCAAGCCGGCUUCCAACUCCGCGAGCCACAAGGACCUGAAGACCAGACGGAACUCUCUAAGCAAAGCACGACCAGCUAGUGAACUCGAACAGCCGGAAGCUCCACCUCCUGAUGACACGGAUCCUCCUCCGAGACAUGCCGAGAAANNCCUAUAUCCCAAGCAGAAGCAAAGGAGGAGCUCUGAGCCAGGAGCCAGAAGGCCACAUAAACCAAGACGAUCUAGCAAUGCUCCUACUCCAUCCAGUCCCAAUAAGGUUCCAAAGGACAUCAGACAGGAUUCGGAAGGACAUCGUCGUGAAAAACGACUUCCCACUAAGCCUCCUUGUCAUUGCCCAAACUGUAUGAAUGCAUCUCAACAUGGUAAAAGACCAGGGCCCAACCCCCUUCAGCAGGACUAUCGUGCCCACACCGUCCCUGCAGGGCGUCUUCAUGGUCCACCUCCGGUCGUUCGCCAUGGUCCACCACCUGGUGCCAUGCCUCCUGAAAUGCCCCCUGGACACAUGCCACCGCCUGGCGUGAGGAUGAUGUAUCCACCCGGUGGCAGUUUUCCAGCGGGCCAUUCUCCAUACCCACAGAUGAUGCCAGCCUUCGAUCCAAGGUCACAGCCAAUGCGAUCUGGCAUGCCACCUCCUCCUCAUCCCAGUAUGUAUGCUCCUUCUGGUGUUUCCAUGCCACCAUCCCUGCCUGGCAUAGGAGGACAGCGACCACCCCUGAAAAUGCCCAUCCGGCCUGCGAUUCAUAAUCCAGAGAGGACAAACCCUUCGACCUCAUUGCCACAAAAGCGUUCCUCCAAGAUCUCGACAUAUGAUACCUCUUCUGCCCCUUUCUCUCCCGAUGACGAUGAGCACUUUUCGGCUCGGACCUUGCCCACAAAGCCGCAGCAAGUGCCAGGAGGAUUUGACUCAGAUUCUUACUCUUCUGAAUCGCCACCAGAUAGUCCUGAAUACUUUGAACAGCCAAGGCGACCUGUACCCUUUCAGCGUGCCACUACGUCAGCAGUUCAUCAAAUCCACCGGAGCGGCGGCCAUUCAAGGUCGAGAUCAGAUUAUCCAGCAGAGUCGUCAUAUAACUAUCAUCAUCAUCAUACAUACCAUCAUGAACCAUCUUGGGGUCAAAACACUCAUGCCGAGUACCCAGAGUAUGGGGAUCAGCGAUCUUAUCCAGGUGGUAGACGAGGAUCCAAUGCAACUACCUGGACCCAGCAUACCUCAGCCUCGGAUCCUCAAUAUUCAACUUAUGUCCAGUACGAUCAUGGCCGUUCGGACCUUGAGUAUGCCGCCAAUGACUACAUGAACCAAGCUCGCGGCUACCCCGAAGAGAGAGUCACAGCAGAAGCACUACGACAACUCCCCAAUGGGCCUCGCAGCACGCGAAGCAAUCACAGCCAUCGCCGUAGCCAACACAGCAUGAGCGAAACAUCCUCACGGCACCGCGGCGCAGAAGGCAGUGUCAAACUCAUCAUGCCUAUCGCCGCAGCCGAAGUCUCCAAAAUCCAGCUGAGCGGCGAUAUGGGUGAUCGCGAGGUGUCGUUCCGCUCGGCCAAUGACCCUGGAAUGGUGGAGGUUACAAUUGGGACUGUUGCUGGUGGCGAGUCUAGGUACUUGAAGAGUGCGAGUCAGACGUCUCGUGCACCUACGAGGUCUUCGGGUAGUACAAGGCAUGCUACUCGUGGUGGAGCUGACGGACAAGAGCAGGGCCGCGAAUAUAGAGAGCAUCGCCAGCAUCGAGAGCAUAGGCAUACCAGUCGUGCUCCGUCGACCAGGAGAUCG